CCUAAAAGAAGGCAGGCCAUGAGUGCCUGAAGCCUAUUGGUCAGGUCUGCUCUGGACCCUCCCCUUCUUUUUCAUGGCACACACCACAGAGAAGUCUGUGCGGAAUCCUAAACCAGCCCAAUUUACAUCCAUUCAUGAAUCUGUGACGUCAGCAAGCCUCUGGGCUUCUUUGCGGUGGGCUGGAGGAUUGUGUGGGUGGAAUCCCCCUCCCCCUUAUUUUUCUGAUUCUGCAAGGCUUUUUAAAUUAACCUUCCACCUUUUUAAAGCAAGAAAAUGGAACGGCAUGUGUAGGAAUUCUUCAUUGUUUUCCCUUCUAGUAAAUACUAGCUUUGACUUCUCAUGAAUCAAAAGAUCCAAGCAGUCAGUUGCCAUGAGGGUGCCGGAGCCAAGUCUGGGCAGGGAGAGAGGAAUGGAGAGGGCAAAAGACAGAGCAGAGCUCGUGGGGCUCCCUGUGUUCCUUGUUUCCACGUACCAGCUUCUUCUCUGUGCGGUGGCAGUGCGUGGGCGUACGCAUACACACAGGUUUUGGAGCCCUCUCUUGCAUCUGAAUUCUGUGCCACUAAUCCUCUGAGUGUCAUCUCAGGAUCCUGGGCACACUCAUGGCACCAUGGCCAACACGCAGGAGCCCCUGAGCUGCUCCGCUUCCCCACACUUGCCCUCGAGUGAAAGCAGGACCUUCAGCAGACUCCAGGAUGAACUCACGCCUGUGGGGAACCACCCUUCCCCCACGCUCCUUAAGGACCAGCAAGAAAAGGGGGUGGCACAAACAGAGCUAACCGAGAGCAUAAACAGCCCCAUCACCACAACAGUGUUGACAAGCGUGAGUGAGGAUUCCAGGGACCAGUUUGAGAACAGCGUUCUUCAGCUGAGGGAACAUGAUGAAUCAGAGAUGGCCAUGUCUCAGGGGACCAGCAACACCAUGGAUGGAGAGAGCACAAGUGGAACUGAAGACAUCAAGAUCCAGUUCAGCAGAUCGGGCAGCGGCAGUGGCGGAUUUCUGGAAGGACUGUUUGGAUGCUUAAGGCCUGUAUGGAAUAUCAUUGGCAAGGCAUAUUCCACUGAUUACAAAUUGCAGCAGCAAGAUACUUGGGAAGUGCCAUUUGAGGAGAUCUCAGAGCUGCAGUGGCUGGGUAGUGGAGCCCAAGGAGCUGUCUUCUUGGGCAAGUUCCGAGCGGAGGAAGUGGCCAUCAAGAAAGUGAGAGAACAGAAUGAGACGGAUAUCAAGCAUUUGAGGAAGUUGAAGCACCCUAACAUCAUCGCUUUCAAGGGUGUUUGUACUCAGGCCCCCUGUUACUGCAUCAUCAUGGAGUACUGUGCCCACGGACAGCUCUACGAAGUUUUGCGAGCCGGCAGAAAGAUCACACCACGAUUGCUAGUGGACUGGUCCACGGGAAUUGCAAGUGGAAUGAAUUAUCUGCACCUCCAUAAAAUUAUUCAUCGUGAUCUCAAAUCACCUAAUGUUUUGGUGACUCACACAGAUGCGGUAAAGAUUUCAGAUUUUGGCACAUCUAAGGAACUCAGUGACAAAAGCACCAAGAUGUCCUUUGCCGGUACAGUGGCGUGGAUGGCACCAGAGGUCAUACGCAAUGAACCUGUCUCUGAGAAAGUUGAUAUAUGGUCUUUUGGAGUGGUGCUUUGGGAGCUGCUGACAGGAGAGAUUCCUUACAAAGAUGUCGACUCUUCAGCCAUUAUUUGGGGUGUUGGAAGCAAUAGCCUGCACCUGCCAGUUCCUUCCACUUGCCCUGAUGGAUUCAAAAUCCUUAUGAAACAGACAUGGCAGAGUAAACCUCGCAACCGGCCUUCUUUCCGGCAGACGCUCAUGCAUUUAGACAUUGCCUCUGCAGACGUUCUUGCCACCCCCCAGGAAACCUACUUCAAGUCUCAGGCUGAAUGGAGAGAAGAGGUGAAAAAACACUUUGAGAAGAUCAAAAGUGAGGGAACUUGUAUACACCGAUUAGAUGAAGAGCUGAUUCGGCGGCGUAGAGAGGAGCUCAGGCAUGCUCUGGAUAUUCGGGAACACUAUGAGAGAAAACUCGAGAGGGCUAAUAAUUUAUACAUGGAACUGAGUGCCAUCAUGCUGCAGCUAGAAAUGCGGGAGAAGGAGCUCAUUAAGCGUGAGCAAGCAGUGGAAAAGAAGUAUCCUGGAACGUACAAACGACACCCCGUCCGUCCAAUAAUCCACCCCAACGCCAUGGAGAAGCUCAUGAAGAGGAAGGGCACGCCUCAUAAAUCAGGGAUGCAGACCAAACGGCCAGAUCUGUUGAGAUCUGAAGGUAUCCCCAGUACGGAGGUGGCUCCCGCUGCAUCCCCUUUGUCCGGAAGUCCCAAAACGUCCACCUCAAGCAGCAAGAGCCGCUAUCGUAGCAAGCCACGCCACCGCCGAGGGAACAGCAGAGGCAGCCACAGUGAUUUCGCAGGGAUCUUGAAAAACCAGCCAGCCCAGGACAGUUCACCCCAUCCCACUGACCUACACCACACUCAGUCCCAGUACCCUUCUCCCCAUCACCACCAUCCUCUGCAGCAGCAGUACCAGCAAGCCCCCCCUGCCGUGUCCCAGAGUCACCAUCCCAGACUCAGUAUGCACGGACAGGACAUUGCCACCUGCGCCAACAACCUGAGGUAUUUUGGCCCAGCAGCGGCCCUGCGGAGCCCACUCAGCAACCAUGCUCAGAGACAGAUGCCCGGUUCCAGCCCUGACCUCAUCUCCACGGCCAUGGCAGCGGACUGCUGGAGAAGCUCUGAGCCUGAUGCAGGCCCAGCUGGACCCUGGGGCUGUUGUCAGGCUGACCCUUACGACCCCUGCCUCCAGUGCAGGCCAGAACAGUGUGGGUCCUUGGACAUACCCUCUGCCGAGCCAGUGGGGAGGGGCCCCGACCUUUUCAAGUCACCAGCACACAAUCCCCUCUUGGAAGAGGCCCAAGGUUCCGAGAAAAUGGGAGAAAGGGAAUUCAAAGGCUGCAGGUCUGCGUCAUCCCUUGGCAUCCCUCACCACGUCACCCCCCCAGUGCUACCUCGAAACACAAGGCCCCUGCAAAAGAGUGGAGAUGACUCCUCAGAAGAGGAAGAAGGGGAAGUAGAUAGUGAAGUUGAAUUUCCACGAAGACAGAGGCCCCAUCGCUGUAUCAGCAGCUGCCAGUCGUAUUCGACCUUUAGCUCUGAGAAUUUCUCUGUGUCUGAUGGAGAGGAGGGAAAUACCAGUGACCACUCCAACAGUCCUGAUGAGUUAGCAGACAAGCUUGAAGGCCACCUGGCGGAGAAGCUGGAUGACCUACUGUCGCAAACACCAGAGAUCCCCAUUGAGAUAUCCUCGCAUUCCGACGGGCUCUCUGACAAGGAGUGCGCUGUGCGCCGCGUGAAGACACAGAUGUCUCUGGGCAAGCUGUGUGCAGAGGAACGUGGCUAUGAGAAUCCUAUGCAGUUUGAAGAUUCGGACUGUGACUCUUCCGAUGGAGAGUGUUCUGACGCCACGGUGAGGACCAAUAAACACUACAGCUCUGCUACUUGGUAAUGGAGGAAAACCCAUCCUGAAGAUCUCAUGACUAUACUGGCAUUUCAGAUCCUUUCCCCCGUCCCCUCCAGACUCUUUCCCCUCUCUCCUUGCUUUUUUGUCUGGGAAGAGAGCUGCCCCAUCUUUCUUACCCCUAGAAAUGAGCUGCAAUAACAGGAACAUGAGACUUCGCAAAUCUCUGGAAAAAAAAUAUCCAAAUGAAAUUAAGUCUCACUGAACAUUUCAAUCAAGAAUGGCAGGGAUCUAUUUUAUUGAAUAUUCUAGCUACUGUAACAUUGAUAUUUAUUUUUGUUUGACAUUUUAACACUUUGUACUGUAAAGAGUGAACUAUAUAUGAUAGAGAGAGACAAUAAUUUCUUGCAAAAAAAAAAAAAAGAGAGAGAGAGAGUGAGAGAUAAAGGAAGAAAGAAGUGGAAUUUAGGAACAACAUCCUUGGGAAUUUGUGGGGCCAGGAGGUAUUAUUGCUACUUGAACAGGGGACCAGUUCUUUUGGCCAUAAGUGACUGAAGAAGAGCCAGAGCAAGACAUAUUAUUUUGGAAAACAAAGAAAAACAAAAGAAAAACAAUUCCAGGUAACUUGUGAACAGACCACAUUAAGUUCAACCAGCUUGUCCACAUGGGUGAUGGAAAUUGUCUAGAAAAGAUUGGUGACCAGAUACUUACAUCCAAGGUCGUUGAGGGCAUGUGCUUCCUCCAGGAGGAAGAAGACAACUAUACCUGUGGAAGCUGAUUUCAUUUGAAAAAUUUGAAGCAGCAUUUUGUAGUGAGACUUACAGAUAGCAUCAGACCUUGUCUUUGACAAAUACUUCCCUUUUUAAUGCCUUCAUCAUCAUGACCUUGACCAAUGUGUGACCUUGACCAUUGUGUUGAUUUUUCAGACUCAAGUGCCAUUUUCUUGUAGCCUAUUUCCUUUCCACCUGUUGACCACUUCCUUUAGGAAGAAGGGUGAGGGUGCUGAUUUAAGAGAGAGAGGAGAUUUACAACAGUAUUUGAAAAGCAAAUGUGGAAUUAAUGGAAGUACAUUCUCACAGUGUCUCAGUUGAGCUUCAAGCAGAAGAUGAGACUGCCCCUCUGUGGAGCCCGGUUGCUUGUCUACUAGAGUCAUAUUGAUUCAAACAGAACACACUUUGAAGGCAGCUAGCAUGUGUGUGAGUCUGUCCAGUGUCCAACCCCAAACCAUCCCCCUUGUUUUCAUUUAUUAACUCAUCCUAUCCGGGAAGCUUUAGUGCGUGGCUACCACUAGCAGCAUAAAGGCAAAACAAGCAUCUUGCAAAAGGCAACCCCUUUCCCACCACAACAGCAUUUUCAUUAAAUGCAACUUGUAAAAUGUACU